AGAUAAACGUCAGUUCCAUGAUUGGCUACGGCUUUUGAAAUUGUAAUCAGAAUUAGAGUAAAUUUUAGGUGUUGGUUUGCUAAUCGGUCUAGUGAGUCACUUAACUUUUUACAUUUCUUUAUUUUAACAAAACUACAAGUAUUUUAUGAAAUGGCUGCAACUCUGAAACCCUAUUUGACUGCAGUGCGCCACACACUGACCGCUGCAAUGUGUUUGACCAAUUUUUCGUCACAAGUGGUAGAACGGCACAACAAACCAGAAGUGGAGGUUCGCAGCAGCAAGGAGCUGGUCCUCACGCCCGUCGUUAUCUCCCGCAAUGAAAGGGAACGAGUAUUAAUCGAGACUAGUGUCAAUUCCGUACGCGUCAGCAUCGCAGUCAAGCAAGCCGAUGAAAUCGAGAAAAUCCUCUGCCACAAGUUCACCAGAUUCAUGAUGAGAAGAGCCGAGAGCUUCGUGAUUUUGAGGCGAAAGCCAAUCGAAGGCUACGACAUCAGUUUCUUAAUCACAAACUUCCAUACCGAGCAAAUGUACAAGCACAAGCUGGUAGAUUUUGUAAUAAAUUUCAUGGAAGAAAUCGAUAAGGAGAUAAGCGAAAUGAAGCUUGCAGUCAAUGCCAGAGCACGUAUUUGCUCUGAGGAAUUCUUGAAGAGAUUCUAACUUAAAUACAAAUGUUUCCAUUUCUAUAAAACUGAUAUCAUUACUUUAUAUGUACUAGAAGUAGCUGUCCUCGUUUUUCUUUUUUUUAUUCGUAGAGGAAUACAAUAUUGUUAUUUAAACUGAAA